CUGUACUUAGCUUACUGUGUGUUGAUUACCUAUUAUAUUACCGUCUGCAUACCUGCCUCCCCGCCGUGACAUAUGGCCAUAAUCAUGUACAGCUUAGGCAGUGCCCUUGCGGCGUCCUUUGGCACUAUGGUGCUGUUUGCGGUGACCAGAGUUGUCUACAACCUUUGCGUCCAUCCGCUCCGCAACUUCCCUGGGCCGAUCCAUAUGCGGGCCUCGGUAUUCCCCUACCUCUACAAGGAAAUGGCCGGCACCCUUUCGGACGAUAUCCUGGACCUGCACAGGCGCUACGGCGAGGUGGUGAGAGUGGCGCCUCACGAGCUGUCCUUUGCCAACGCCGCGGCCUGGGACGACAUCUACAGUCAAAAGCAGAACUUGGGGAGAGAUACCCGCUUCUACUCUGUCCCCGAGAAACACCUUGCCUCUGUUGACCUUCAGAAAGGCAAUAUCGUCCGGCGCGCGCUCCAGCCUGGUUUCAGCGACAGGAGCCGGCGGGACCAGGAGCCCGCCAUUAUGUCUUAUGUUGACUUGCUGGUACGGCGACUGCACGAGAGGUGCGGCAAACGUGCGACGCCCCUGGAUAUGGUUCCAUGGUACGAUUUCACUACCUUUGACAUCCAUAGCGACCUAGCCUUAGGUGAGACUUUCGGCUGCCUUGAGAAGUCCGGCUAUCAUCCUUGGGUUAUGGAUACCUUCCAACUGAGCCGUGCCGGGAGGUUCCUACGGCUGCUGAACUACUUUCCUAGACUGAAAAAGCUUCUGUUCUUCUUGGUGGGGAAGUCAGCUCGGAAGCGGUCUAGGGAACACAGUGAGUUGCCGAGGACGAAAUUGCUGAAGCUUAUGGAUGGCAGCAAGGAGGAGCGCUCCGAUCUAAUCGGAAACCUAAUUAAGCGAAAGGACGACUUGGGACUAUCGAUGGAGGAACUCCAGGCCAACGCUAUCAUCCUGGUCCGUGCUGGGGCAGAGACCACGGCGACGGCGCUCUCCGGAUUAACAUACUACCUCUUGACGAAUGCGGAGGCCCUGGAGAAAGCAACCUUGGAGGUCCGAUCUACUUUUAAAGACGAAUGCGAAAUUACCUUUUCGUCUGUUUGCCGCCUGAACUUUCUGCAGGCUUGCAUGAACGAGGCACUACGGCUCUACCCCCUAUCUCGGUUGGAAUGCCGAGGGUGACUCCACGGGAAGGAGUGCUGAUUUGUGGACACUAUGUGCCUGGAGAUACUACCGUUACUAUCAACCAAUGGGCGCUAUACCACCAAGACAGCCUCUUUCGGGAUCCGUUCAACUUCCACCCGGAGCGCUUCCUCGGCGAUCCCCAGUACGCGAGCGACAAUCUCCAUGCCUUGCAGCCGUUCCUAGUCGGGCCCAGAGCCUGUUUCGGCAGAGCUCUGGCCACUGCAGUGAUACGCACUGUAUUUGCUCGACUGUUAUGGAAUUUUGACCUCCGAAUUUCGGAUGAGAGCAGAAGUUGGAUUGACCAGAAAAUCUUCCUCGUGCGGGAGAAGGGACCGUUGAAAGUUUAUUUGACUCCACGUGGUCUAGAAGCAAGCACG